AUGAUGAAAAAUAGAACCCUUAAUCAUUUUGGUAAAAAUGUAUUAGAUAGACACUUUCAUAUGCUGGUAGCAUUAACAUUCUUUCCCCUGCUGGUUGCUGCAUUGGAUUGCUAUUCUUUUUGCUUUUCCUCCAAAUCUGACCCCGAGUUCCUCAAGUUGAAUCCUCUUGCUUUAAUUCCUAUUCUGGUGGAUGGAGAUUUUGUUCUUGCUGAAUCCUUAGCCAUUAUUAUGUAUUUGGACGAUAAGUAUCCUCAAUACCCUUUGCUGCCUCAUGACGUUCCCAAAAGAGCACUCAAUUUUCAGGUUGCACAUAUUGUUUUGCAGAAUAACGUCAUUGAGAAAAAGGUUGGCCCUCAUGAAAAACUUCCUUGGGCACAAAGUGUCAUUAGAAAGGGCUUCACAGCACUUGAAAAGCUACUGAAAGAUCAUGCAGGGAGAUAUGCCACUGAAGAUGAAAUUUUUCUGGUACUAUUAUUAUAAUAUUUUUGUACUUAAAUUUAUGCAGCACUUAAAUUUUUAUACAAGCAUGUUUACUCAUCUUAAUUGGAUGUGGCAACCCUUUUUAAUGAACAACUAUUAUUAUAAUAUUAGUAUUCCUUUGAAAGCAUGUCUUUGGAAUGUGAACUUGGAUUUUUACCUUAGCAACUUGUAAGGCAUCUUUCUAAGUAUAAUAAUUGGAUGAUCAAUUCUUCCUCACCCUGUUUGUCCAUGUAUUUUGCGAUCUUGUUCUGUUUGAUUGGCCUUUAUGGUUAACAAAACCGAACCAAUUACCGAACCUACGGUUACUAGGAUCAAUAUGGUUGAGUCAGCAUAAACACUCAUUUUGACUAGGUAGCAUUCACCAUUCAACCAACCUAUCCUAUAAGGCUGUCUGUUACUCAUGCUUGUGGCAGUUAUCAAUAAGAUCAUUGCAAUCCCAAAGCUAAGCCUGCCAACCAUCACAUCAUUCAAAUUUUAUUACUGCAUUAGGGGCAAAGCUUUUUUGUUCUUCUAUUGUGUACAAUUGAAUUUGUGCUAUAGAGUUCCUAUUCUUAUUAUGUAAUUUGUAUUAAUGGAAUUCAAAACAGUGCAAGGGCAUUUGAGUUUUGAAAUCCCUUUAAUUC